AUGCUGUCCGCAUGGCGUCGUUGGCGACGGCCGCCUACACCUAGCACAGAACCCGAGAGCACAGAACCCGAGACUGAAGAUACUGAGGGAGAAGACCAUGAUGAGAGCGUAUUUUCCGGCGAGCUGACGCCUGCUGAUACACUUUCAGUUACCACUGGGACAUCAACCGCAGAGACUGCCUCCACCGAUCCUGCCGACGAGUAUCCGGUGCCGAUUCUUGGGUAUCAUCAUGUUCUGAUGAUAAUCAGCGCGAUAUCCCUCGUUGGCCUUGGCCUGACUCUUGGCGGAUGCUCAAGAACAGGCACUCUCCAGAACUUCCACCUUCUCUCCAUAUCGUAUCGACCAGACAUCGCGCCGAUAGAUGCCACUAGCCCGCUCAUGCUGAAUGACACGCUGCCGGAUAUAUUACAUCAAUGGACGUUGAAAGAUGCGGAUGAACCGAUGCGGGCAGAGGCUGUGCAGGUGGGAUACUGGUCUAUAUGCGUGAAGCUCCAUCAGGGAGACUGGCAAUGCCGACUUCGGCAACCUGCUGCCCAUAUCGCUGACCCAUUGGGCAUUAUCGAGGCUGCGUUCGACUUUCAGAAGCAUGUGACAUCCUCUGUUCUUGUAAUACUGGGUGUUGUAUUUACGCUGUCGAAUCUCGUAGUCUUGCUCCUGUUUCCAGGCUGGAACAUCGCCGAUGACGGUUCCGACGAGUUCAAGUCUUACCCUUCCUCUCAAUACGCAACUGUGCUUGUUCUGAUCAAUGGUCUUGCUGGGGCCAUGCUGUAUAUUGGAAUGGCGUGGCAGCAUAUCGCCAUCGCCUCGGCAGCCACGAUUAUCGAAGGAUUGCGAUAUGGCUCUGUGGAGGUACAGAUAGGCGUCACAGCGGCUGUCCUUGGCUGGCUUGGCGCCCUGUUAUCUUCUCUUUGUAUGCUUGGAGGCGUUUUGAUGGGCGUAUCACUACAUUUGAUAGAUGAGUUGUCCUAA